UUGCUAUCUGUACAAAUAAUUGCUUUCAAUUUGGAAUUUGAAGCGAAAAUGAUAGCGUGGAGGAUCGCUGCGGCCUCUGCUGUGUAAACGGAGGCGUAGCUUGGCAGGAUUCCAACUUUAAUUGKUGCYCCUUUGUCGUCGACAACUGCGAAUGAUGUACUUGUCUCGGUUUUGGAUCCGUCCGUGAAGAUUAGAGUCCAUUCAGGGAGAAGAGAAGUUGUAGACUCAGCAAAGAGUUGUUGAUAAAUGGCGGAGUUCGUUAAAGAAAAAUGCCUCGUCUUCGUAAAAGAGCAAAAAAUAUUGGCCGACGUACUCGGAACGCGCAAUUGGCUUAUAAUCGUCGAUUAAGUAAUAAGAUGGAGAAAGCGGUCGACGAAAAAUUAGACAGUCUGACAAAGUAUGUGCCAUUCAUAAAUUAUUUGCUAGAAUUAGAUAAUGAGAAAUACAAAAAAUUUAAAGAUAUACAACAUUGGAUUAUAUCUAGAAAGAGGUACCCGAUGAAUGUGCUACAAAAGAUUGAGCAGUCGAUCAUAACGCAGUACAGAAAUUUAUUUUUUGAUGAUGGGAAAGUGCCCAAGCAUAUUAUGGAUAUUUUUAAUACACAUGCGCACGUUAAAUGCUUUAGUGUAAAUUUGUGCUCCGAUGACGAAGAUAACGCUGAAAAUUCAUCCGAUAUUGAAGAAGAUGACGAUGACGUUAUUAUCGUGUCCACAUCACCAAACACACAAUAUAAUGUGAAGCUGCCAACAGAAAACCCAAAUCAAUUUUUCAAAAGCAAUGAUGAAGAGACAUUCUCAACUACGCAAUGUAGUAAAAACAAAGAACAGGAAGUGUCUUUCAAGCACGCUAUAGGACCUGAACAAAAUCAAUGUGUUAAAAGCAAUGAGACAUCAUCAGCUACGCAAUGUAUUGAAACAAAAGAACUGGAAGUGUUUUCAAUAUGCUUAGAUUCGGAUGACGAUGAAGUAUUAAUGAAUACAGUUCCAAACGAAGGUGAAUUAUGUGUCAAGGAGGAGCAAUUUUUUAAGCGGAGGGGAGAUUUUAUAGAUAAAGUUGAAAAUGAAGAAAGUACAGAAAACAAAAGUGAAACAAUUGUUCAAACGAAAGAAAAUCAUUCAAAUGAAUUGAGCAAAGUAUGGGGUAAACCAAUUGAAGUUGUUCAAUUGCACCAAAUGCAGAACACGGACUUAAAUUUGGAGAACAGAAAUAUGAAUCAAGAUAGGUGUAAACAUAUCUAUGAGGAUUUAACAAAGGAAAUUGGAAUUGAUGUCCAGCAAUUGCUAAAAAAUAUAAAUUUGACUUCGUCACAAACAGAAAAAAACAAAAAUAAGUCGCUAAAUGAGGAUUUUUAUAGUUCACCAAAUUGCACAAAUAAGUCACCGUAUGAGGAUUUUCAUAGUUCACCCCAAUAUACAAAUACGGGUCUGACUCCUUAUCCCGUAGUGAAUGCCAACGUAAUACCACCAAAUAUAUAUAGCAUGCAAACUCCUAUAUUGCCACCACAGACACCGCUUAGAUUAAAUUUGAAAGAUCCACGAAUCGUUAAAUUAUUAGAAAAAAGUAAUACUUUACAAAUGAUUUCAAUGGGCAUGCCUGUAAGAAACGUAACUACAACGACGGAAUUACCGAAAUCUGAGCCAAAAACAUAUGGUGAUUAUAAACGGCAAAAAGCGGAGAGAGCUAAAAAAGCUGAGGAAUUGAGGAGAAAAGAAGAAGCAAAUAAAGUUGAAGAAUUGAAGAAAAUAGAGGAAGCAAAGAGUGCUGAAGAGUUAAGAAAAAUAGAGGAAGCGAAAAGAUCGGAGGAAUUAAGAAAAAUAGAGGAAGCCAAAAGAUCGGAGGAAUUAAGAAGAAUAGAGGCAGCGAAAAGAUCAGAGGAAUUAAGGAAAAUAGAGGAAGCCAAAAGAUCGGAGGAAUUAAGAAGAAUCGAAGAAACGGAAAAAGCUGAGGAACUGAGGAGAAUAGCGAAAGCGAAAAGUGCAGAGAAAUUAAAGAGAUUAGAGAAAGCCAAAAGAGCAGAGGAAUUAAAGAGAGUAGAUACAGCGAAAAAAUCAGAGCAAUUAAACAGAAUAGAAGAAGCGAAGAAAGCUGAGGAACUGAAGAUAAUAGAGGAAGCGAAAAGAGCAGAGGAAUCAAAAAGAAUAGAAGAAGCGAUGAAAUCUGAGGAACUGAAGAGAAUAGAGGAAGCGAAAAGAGUAGAGAAAUUAAAGAGAAUAGAGGCAGCAAAAAGAGCAGAGGAAUUAAAGAGAAUAGAAGAAGCCAAAAGAGCAAAGGAAUUGAAAAGAAUGGAUGAAACGAACAUGGACACUGAAAUGUCAAGUGUGAAUAAUCAAUUGGACUCAUUUGGUGAGCAACAAACUGAUUUCAGGAGUAUAAUUUUGAAUACUAUUCUACCAUAUAGUGACAAAAUAUUAAAUGUCCUUAAGAAAGACAACGAAGAAGAACUAACCGAUAAAAUAGCAGUAUUGGGCAAUUCCAAAAAAUUAUCAGAUAAAAAAACUGACACUAACACAACCGCUGUAAAUCAUCAAAUAUCAUCUUUUGCUGUUGCUGCAGUUAAUACGAGCAACCAAAAUACCGAAAGUGCAAAUAACGUUCAAAAUGAUGUAGAAGAGCAGACAAAAUGCGAGCUUUACUCUAAGUGCACACAAAAGAGCAAUAAGCGUCGGCAAAAAGAGAAUAAAUCAAAGCCUGCUUACAAAAGAAUACGAAGUAUUUCGUCUUCUUCGUCAACAACAUCGGAAUCGUCGUCCAUGACAUCGACAACAACACCGCCUUCAACCAGCUCUACAACAACUGCUAAUAGUAAUAGGGCAAGAGAGAAUCAACCAUUGGUUUAUGAGCCAAUUAUAAAAUUAAGAAGACUUUCAGCGGAAACCAUUUCAAAAUACACGAAAACGCCGGCCAACGAGUUCAAAACUAUAAACAUACGUUUAGUAGAAGACGUUAGAAGGACGAUGAAAACUGUGCAUCAUUUGGUCAAGGAGAAACCGAUCAAACUAAAUGUUAAAUAUAAAAACGUCGAUAUACAUAUGACCAGUACUAAUACGAAAUUUUGUGUGUUAUGUAAAUCAAAACCAUCAGAUUUAACGAAUCACUACAAAAGGGUACAUAAAAUCGAAUCUUAUGUGGCACGUCUCAGCAGAUCGGCCUUACAUUAUUUGGAAAAUAACAUUUCAUUUGCACAAAAAUUAGCAAAAACUACAUCACAGAAUGUGAAAAAGUAUAAAAUUAAAUGUGCUUUUUGUCAGGAUGAAAUCGCAGAUAAGUUUAUAAAUUUUUACAAGCAUUUCUCUAUACACACUGGCGAAUAUGCUUUUCAAUGUGAUGUUUGCAAGUUGGAAAAACCCUACGAAUUUGACAUACAAUCGCAUAAAUGUCAUUCGAAGUCUUGUCGCAAUGCCGCAAUUCGAACACUCUACCAAUAUCCCAAAAACGUGCUGGUCAUAUAUUUAUAUUGUUGUAAAAUAUGCAAUUUCGUACAAUUAAAUGAAGCAAAUACAUUUAAACAUUUGCGUGAUCACCACGAUAAACGGCAAGAUGAUUCGACUUGCAUAACUAAAUAUAUAUUGACAGCUAUAAAUGAUGAGGAGACUUGCGAAAAAUCCGCUGAAUUCGAUACAAACUAUGAUUUACUUAUGAACGAUGGUGAUGUUGAAGAUAUACAGGUGAAAAAUGAAGCUAUACUAGAAGAUAUAACUGAAAAAGAGCAGGUAGAGUCAAAUCAAUUGCCUAGUAAGCAGCAAGACUUCAAAGCCACGAUUAGCAGCGGCAUUGGAAUGGUAGAACUUCCGUAUACAAAAUACUACAAAUACUCCUCUGUAUUGAAUAAAAAUACAACUUCGGUGCAACAAAAUGAUGAAAGACCUAUAGUUUUGUCAUCAGUAGAAAAUUUUAUUAAUUCAAGUUCUGCGCCGUGUUCGGAGUAUAUAAAAACGGAAUACUCGGGCAUAUUACCAUUACAAAAAGAGAAUUAUAGUUGUAAGAAACUAUUGCAAAAUUCCUGUAAGAUUUCUUAUCGCCAAUAUCCAAAUGGAGUUUCUUAUUUCGGCUUAUACAAAUGCAUGGCCACGGAUUGUCUAUUCUCGACGGAUGCUAAAGAGGAAAUGUUGCAACAUCUGCAGGAACAUUUGAGCAGUGAAUGCCCACCCGAAGACUGUCUACUAUGCGGUUACUGUCAAUUAGAUGCCGAGAUUUGCUCAACAAGUGAAGAGUUGAUUGCACAUAUACAACAAAAUCAUCAGCAAUCGCAGUUUCAAUGUUCAGUUUGUUGCUAUCGUGCUAUUUCACCAAGUCAUGUUUCAGAGCACUUUAAACAUGCUCACUCAAAACAAGAAUUCCAAUUUGUAUACAAAUGUGGGUUGGAUAUCAAUUUAGAUACUAGUGUACCAGCAAAUAUUGCUGAAUUGCUGGAAGAAAAUGUAGAACCGCUCGUAUGUCCGCUUAAAGAUUGUGUACAAAGUUUUCAGAGCGUGGGUUGGAUGAAAAAUCAUCUCAUGUAUGCGCACUCUUUACCAAACAAAAGUGAAAGUAUUACAGCACUGGAAAAAUAUACAUGUAUAUAUUGUACAAUGAAUUUUUUUGAUUUGGAGAAGGUCAAGAAUCAUUUGGCUAGAAAUCAUCCCGACCUGCAACCUUACGUUUGCGAGAGAGUUUUACUUCCAGAAAAAGAGGAGGAUUUACUGCAAAAUUUAACCAUAACAUUUGUGUCGCUGCCAACAAUACCAGCUGAAAAUAUCAGACAUGUAAAGGUGAAACAAGAAUUCGGUUUUAACUCAACAAGUGACAGAUCCGUGUUAAAGAGGGAAGAUAAAGCGAGCGGUACAACAGACGUGGCUAUAGAAAAUCAGACUGAGCGUGACACCAAGCCAAAUUUAGAGCAAUUAGAGCGAACAGCUGAAGAGAGCGUCAAACUGAGUUUGCUCAAAUUGAUAAAAAAUACUGGCAUUUCCCCCGAUUUACUCUAUCAUUGCCCACAACCUACAUGCGGCGGAUUUUUCUCAUCCUACGACUUGUGGUAUAGGCAUAUGAGCCUACGGCAUUGUUGUCUUUUAGGUAUUUGCCCACAUUGUACCAAUGAUAAGAAGACCGAGUUGCCAUUGCUCGAUUUCAAAAAGCAUUUCCAACAACACUGUUGUCAUCUAUAUGGAUGUUUCCAUUGCGGUGAAACAUUUUCUAAUGAGCAGGCAACCAGAGAUCACAUAACCCUUGCACACACAAGUAUAAAUACAGACUCUACGACGAUACAAACAUCAAAGAUUGCACUCUAUUUCAAUCAAUCAUUUAAUAUAUUAUUGAAAUCGGGGCAAGAGAAGAAUAGAUACACCCUUUUGUUGGAGUUGCAAGAAAUUAUUCAAAAUCGUUGUAAUUACGCAGAAAAGUUGUACUACGAGUCUUUAAAAACACAGUGGAUUGUGCCGGUGACUGCGACGUGGUUGGAGAACUUUCCAAGUUUCAAAAUUAAUGACCGGAUAAAACGAAAGUGUUUUUGUAAAAAUUGUCCAUUCCAAAGUUAUGAUAAUGAAUUAUUUUAUACACAUUUAAGAACAACUCAUCAGGUAAAUGAUAAUAAAUUUGUGUGUGCGAAAUGUGAUUUUCAUGUAGCGUGCAAUAACUGGGACCCCAUUAUAGAUCACAUAAAAAUGCAUGUUCUGAAUAUACACAUAUGCUCGGUAUGCUCAUUUUACCAUCAUGAUCGACAAGCAAUACGUGCACAUUUGUCGCAAGAGCAUCGCUUUAGAGAUGUGCCGGUUGUAACGCUAAUACGUUCGUCGUUGAAUACUCAAAUUUCAUUAGCCAUUGUAUUUGCAGAGCAAAGAAAAACAUUUUCUACCAUCAACAGCUGUUUUUGUUGUGAUAAAAACAAUAGUUCGUGGAAUGCAUUAGCCACACAUUUAAAGAAAACUCAUCAUUUGACAUUGCAAUAUUUUUGUGAAAUCUGCGACGAGUCACUUAAGCUCACAGAAUGUGAUGUGCAUUUUACCAACUGUCAUCCCACAACAGCGUUAAGGAUUCGCUGUCACAUUGCAACUAACACUCAAAUAUCUAUGGAUAGCGUGAUGCCAUUGAAACUCAUAAUCGAAUCAAAUGUCAAUGAUGCACUUGGCGUAGCAAUUAAGCAAGAACCCUGUGAUAUUGAAAUGGAUAAUGAUAUUGAACUCAUUAAUGACGAUGAUAUUGUCAUUGCUAAUGAUAUGCAGAUGUGCAAAACUCAGAAAAAUCAGAAAGUCAUAAGAUGUGUGAGUGUUGCGAAUCUACAAAGUCAGCACAUAAAUAACGGUAAUUUUGAAACGCUUGCAUUACCACAGCCACCACCUAAAUCGAUAAGAUGUGUGAGCGUUGCGAACAUACAAUGUCAACACACAAAUAACGAUAGUUUUGAAAUGCUUACAUUGCCACAAUCAUCACUUCCAGUUCCAGUAUCAAUACCACAGUUACAACCACAGCCAAUGCAACAGCUGCAAUUGCAAUCACAUUUCAUUCCACAGAUCUUGGCUCAAGCGAGACAUAUCAACCCGACGAACGUUACAAAUACAAACAUGCCAUUGUUUACACCGCCAUUGGCAAUACAUAGCAAAAAUCCGAAUUUCGCUGGUGACUACAAUUACAGGCCUGCUGAAAUUUUUGUAAAUGGCACAGGCAAUCCUCUGAGCAAUAAUUAUUCUCUCCAAAAUUUUCAACAAUGAAUUCAAGAAGGCUUUACGUCCAUGGCAAAAUUGUGAUAAAUAAAAAAUACAACUCUACUUACUAACUUAAGUAUAUUCCAUAUAUGGUAUACAUAUAUCCAAGAGAUUGGCGCUGCUAAAACUAAAUGCAAACACUUAAGUUUUAUAAUUUUGUUAACAUUUUAAUAUGUAAAAAAAGAUGCUUACGACCAUGACAUAAUGUCUAGUUGCGAUAUAGAUAUAAAGUGUACCUAGAAUUAUAUAUUCUGGUCGAAAACAUUGCCAAACAUUUUGUAUUGGUUUGGUAUUAUUAAUUGAGGUAUGCAUUCAAAGGGUUAUAUUGAUUCAAUUA